AUGGCGAGUCACUGUCAUUCGUGUGGGAGAAAACUUCUUUGGUUGGACGCUGAUGAAGAUACGCCAGAGGAUUCAGAUGGUGACGGAAUACCAGAUAACCAAGACAAUGACGAUGAUAAUGACGGAAUCCCAGAUGAUAAAGACAACGAUGACGAUAACGACGGCAUAAGUGACAUAAAUGAAUUAGAUGAAGAUGGUGACGGAAUACCAGAUAACAAAGACAAUGACGAUGAUAAUGACGGGAUCCCGGAUGAUAAAGACAACGAUGACGAUAACGACGGCAUAAGUGACAUAAAUGAAUUAGAUGAAGAUGGUGACGGAGUACCAGAUAACCAGGACAAUGAUGAUGAUAAUGACGGAAUCCCAGAUGAUAAAGACAACGAUGACGACAACGACGGCAUAAGUGACAUAAAUGAAUUAGAUGAAGAUGGUGACGGAGUAACAGAUAACCAGGACAAUGAUGAUGAUAAUGACGGGAUCCCAGAUGAUAAAGACAACGAUGACGAUAACGACGGCAUAAUUGACGUAAAUGAAUUAGAUUUAGAUGGUAACGGAGUACCAGAUAACCAGGACAAUGAUGAUGAUAAUGACGGAAUCCCAGAUGAUAAAGACAACGAUGACGAUAAUGAUGGAAUAAGUGACAUAAAUGAAUUAGAUGAAGAUGGUGACGGAGUACCAGAUAACCAGGACAAUGAUGAUGAUAAUGACGGGAUCCCGGAUUAUAAAGACAACGAUGACGACAACGACGGCAUAAGUGACAUAAAUGAAUUAGAUGAAGAUGGUGACGGAGUACCAAAUAACGAGGACAAUGAUGAUGAUAAUGACGGGUUUCCGGAUGAUAAAGACAACGAUGACGAUAAUGAUGGCAUAAGUGACAAAAAUGAAUUAGAUGCGGAUGGUGACGGAGUACCAGAUAACCAAGACAAUGAUGAUGAUAAUGACGGGAUCCCGGAUGAUAAAGACAACGAUGACGAUAAUGAUGGCAUAAGUGACAUAAAUGAAUUAGAUGAAGAUGGUGACGGAGUACCAGAUAACCAGGACGAUGAUGAUGAUAAUGACGGAAUCCCGGAUUAUAAAGACAACGAUGACGAUAAUGAUGGCAUAAGUGACAUAAAUGAAUUAGAUGAAGAUGGUGACGGAAUACCAGAUAACGAGGACAAUGAUGAUGAUAAUGACGGGAUCCCGGAUGAUAAAGACAACGAUGACGAUAAUGAUGGCAUAAGUGACAUAAGUGAAUUAGAUGCGGAGGGUAACGGAGUACCAGAUAACCAGGACAAUGAUGAUGAUAAUGACGGGAUCCCGAAUGAUAAAGACAACGAUGACGAUAAUGAUGGCAUCAGUGACAAAAAUGAAUUAGAUGCAGAUGGUGACGGAAUACCAGAUAACCGAGACAAUGAUGAUGAUAAUGACGGUAUCCCGGAUGAUAAAGACAACGAUGACGAUAAUGAUGGCAUAAGUGACAUAAAUGAAUUAGAUGCGGAGGGUAACGGAGUACCAGAUAACCAGGUCAAUGAUGAUGAUAAUGACGGGAUCCAGAAUGAUAAAGACAACGAUGACGAUAAUGAUGGCAUCAGUGACAUAAAUGAAUUAGAUGCAGAUGGUGACGGAAUACCAGAUAACCGAGACAAUGAUGAUGAUAAUGACGGCAUUCCGGAUGAUAAAGGCAACGAUAACGAUAAUGGUGGCAUAAGUGACAAAAAUGAAUUAGAUGAAGAUGGUGACGGAGUACCAGAUGACCAGGACAAUGAUGAUGAUAAUGACGGGAUUCCGGAUUAUAAAGACAACGAUGACGAUAAUGAUGGCAUAAGUGACAUAAAUGAAUUAGAUGAAGAUGGUGACGGAGUACCAGAUAACGAGGACAAUGAUGAUGAUAAUGACGGGAUUCCGGAUGAUAAAGACAACGAUGACGAUAAUGAUGGCAUAAGUGACAUAAAUGAAUUAGAUGCGGAUGAUGACGGAAUACCAGAUAGCCAGGACAAUGAUGAUGAUAAUGACGGGAUUUCGGAUGAUAAAGACAACGAUGACGAUAAUGAUGGCAUAAGUGACAUAAAUGAAUUAGAUGAAGAUGGUGACGGAAUACAAGAUAACCAGGACAAUGAUGAUGAUAAUGACGGGAUCCCAGAUGAUAAAGACAACGAUGACGACAACGACGGCAUAAGUGACAUAAAUGAAUCAGAUGAAGAUGGUGACGGAGUACCAGAUAACCAGGACAAUGAUGAUGAUAAUGACGGGAUCCCUGAUGAUAAAGGCAACGAUGACGAUAACGACGGCAUAAGUGACAUGAAUGAAUUAGAUGGAGAUGGUGACGGAGUACCAGAUAACCGAGACAAUGAUUAUGAUAAUGACGGGAUCCCGGAUGAUAAAGACAACGAUGACGAUAACGACGGCAUAAGUGACAUAAAUGAAUUAGAUGAUGAUGGUGACGGAGUACCAGAUAAUCAGGACAAUGAUGAUGAUAAUGACGGAAUCCCAGAUUUUAAAGACAACGAUGACGACAACGACGGCAUAAGUGACAUAAAUGAAUUAGAUGAAGAUGGUGACGGAGUAACAGAUAACCAGGACAAUGAUGAUGAUAAUGACGGGAUCCCAGAUGAUAAAGACAACGAUGACGAUAACGACGGCAUAAGUGACAUAAAUGAAUUAGAUGAAGAUGGUGACGGAGUACCAGAUAACCAGGACAAUGAUGAUGAUAAUGACGGGAUCCCGGAUGAUAAAGACAACAAUGACGAUAAUGAUGGAAUAAUUGACAUAAAUGAAUUAGAUGAAGAUGGUGACGGAGUACCAGAUAACCAGGACAAUGAUGAUGAUAAUGACGGGAUCCCGGAUUAUGAAGACAACGAUGACGAUAAUUAUGGCAGAAGUGACAUAAAUGAAUUAGAUGGAGAUGGUGACGGAGUACCAGAUAACGAGGACAAUGAUGAUGAUAAUGACGGGAUCCCGGAUGAUAAAGACAACGAUGACGAUAAUGAUGGCAUAAGCGACAUUAAUGAAUUAGAUGCAGAUGGUGACGGAAUACCAGAUAACCGAGACAAUGAUGAUGAUAUUGACGGCAUUCCGGAUGAUAAAGACAACGAUGAUGAUAAUGAUGGCAUAAGUGACAUAAAUGAGUUAGAUGCAGAUGGUGACGGAGUUCCAGAUAACCUGGACAACGAUGAUGAUAAUGACGGGAUUCCGGAUGAUAAAGACAACGAUGACGAUAAUGAUGGCAUAAGUGACAUAAAUGAGUUAGAUGCAGAUGGCGACGGUGUACCAGAUAACGAGGACAAUGAUGAUGAUAAUGACGGGAUUCCGGAUUAUAAAGACAACGAUGACGAUAACGAUGGAUUAAUGGACAUAAAUGAAUUGGAUGUAAAUGGUGAUGGAAUUCCAGAAAACCAGGAUAGCGAUAAUGACGGAAUAUUUGAUAAAGACGAGUUGGAUGUAGACAAUGAUGGUGUCAUUGAUGAUUUAGAUCAAGAUAAUGAUAAUGACGGUAUUUUUGACAGUUUUGAACAUGAUACAGACAAGGACGGUGUGCCUGACGAUAUUGAUGACGACGAUGAUAAUGACGGUAUCCCCGACAAUCAAGACGAUGAUGAUGACAAUGAUGGUAUUCUUGACAUCGAUGAAUCCGAUCAAGAUGAUGAUGGCAUUUUAGACGAUUUAGACACAGAUAAAGAUGGAAACUCGGUCCCAGAUUUUAUGGAAAAGGAUACUGACGGAGACAAAAUUCCCGAUGUUUUAGACGAUGAUGAUGAUAAUGACGGUAUUCCUGAUAAAUUCGAUCCAGACGACGACAAUGAUGGAAUCUCAGACGAGGAAGAAAUUGACACUGAUGGAGAUGGAAUAAUUGAUGACAUUGAUACUGAUGUUGAUGAUGAUGGCAUCGCAGACUAUAUUUUAAAAUGGAUUUCGAAAUAUAAGAUUCUACCUCAAAAGGAUGAGUUGUAGGCCAUUAUUUGCGUUCCGACAGUCGUAAAAAUUGGCGAAGCUGUAGACCUGAAAUCAUAUGCUUUGCAAUCAAGAUGAUGUUGAAGCAGAAGAAAGACAAAGAAAUUAUUAUUAUUAUUAUUAUUAUUAUUAUUAUUAUUAUUACUUAACCAUAGGUUUUCUUUUAUUUUAUUUCAUACAACAAAUAUCAUUACAUCUAAUUUAAAUGAUCACAUAGUUUAAUUAGUACGGCAUAAAUCAAUGAUCAUUUUGUCCAUGGAUAGGGGUAUGUUGUAGUGGUGGACUUAUAUGAUACUGUAGCAUGGACGUUAUUUGACAGGCAUGCGUAAUAGAAUGGUCGAAUUUUGGAGAUCGUUAUUACUGACCCCGAGGCGUAAUACCUUCAAAUUAGGUCAUUAUUACCAAAAUAUUUACUGUACGAAGGGGGUUGGACACCAAAAUGACACUGGUCUCAUUCCAUUUUGUCUGGGCACUAGCCGACCCCUCAAUGGGGGACAUUGUAUAUUGAUGCUUCGAUAUCGGUCUGCAUUACCUUUUGCUACUACCGAUACUUUAUUAAACAGUGUGCCAAAAAAUAAAUACAAUAACAUUG